AUGCAAAUUAUUAACUUAAAUCGUCUACACCCACAUACAAGACAUAAUAAAUCAAGCUUCGUAUUUGACUUUAAAUAUAUAAACGAAAUUUGGAUAUUUAAUUGCCAUCAAGGGUGUCAACACACACUUGCACAUGAAAAAAUUAAAAUGAACCAAAUUUCUAAGAUUAUUAUAACUGACUUAAACAACGAAAAUAUAUCUGGCUUAUUAGGUUUAUUGUCAAGUCUGAGCUUAAUUCGAAGAAAUAAAGCUCUACAUAUCUACUGUCCUAAAAAUCUAAAAAAAUAUUUAGAAUUAGGAAAAAAAUAUUCACAGACAAAUUUUCAUUAUAGUUUAUACUUACAUAUUUUAAAAACAGGACUAACUAUAAAUAGCCAGACAUAUCAAGUAUAUACUCUUAUAAACCAAUCAAAAUUUGAAUUUAUUGUAAUAAGUAAAGAAAAAUAUGGUAAAUUUAAAUUAGAUGAAGCUAAAAACUUCAAUCUAGUAGAAGGCCCUUUAUACGGAAAACUUAAAAAAGGCUUUAAAUUUUUAUUGCCAGAUGGAUAUAUUUUAGAUGGCAAUUAUUUUACAAGUAAUAACUAUCAAGGAAUAAAAGUGUCUUGUUUUUCAACUAAAUACAAUAAAAGAGAUUCUAUUGAAAUUAAAUAUAAGUAA